AUUAAUUCUAGUAAAUCCGGGAAAUAUUUUCAAACUAAUUCACCAAACAGUUUGAAACACGUAAAAAUGAGCAUCCAUGACCUUCUCCAGAUUCAGUCAAAGAUCCCAGAUGUGAAGUCGACCUACACCAUCGCGUAUGGGAGAGAGGUGGAGAUUGAUACCAAAGAUUGGGAGGGGAGGUAUAUAGUGGCAGUUUUCCUCACUGGGUCAGAGCAUCCCAUCUCGCGUGACACAGUUCGUGAUUUCUCCAAGGCGAUGCCGGAGUUCGACCAGCUAAAUUGUCGAGUAGUAGCCGUUGCUCCGGACACCACGGUCGCCCUUUUCAAAUGGCUGGAAAAGAGUGAGGAGUUUAGAGAGCUGGAUCAAUGUAUUCCGAUAGUUUCUGACAGAAACAUGGCAAUUUCGGGACCGUUUGGAGUUUUGCAGCGAGGCAACAGGAAGGGUCACCCAGCCAACAGUGUCUUUAUCAUAGACCACCUAGCCAAGGUGAGGUUCACCUGCGUCCUGGAGCCGACUGUACCUCAAUGCCCGGAGCAUAUCCUCCGUAUGGUGAAGGCGUACAAGCUGACAGACGAGGGGAACUUCUUGAUGAUGUCCGGGGAGGAUAUGGAGAAGUGCAAGAUCAAGAACGACGCCGAGUCCAUCAAGGACUUCUACAAGAAUACUUACUCAACCAGAGUUAAAAUCCCAAAAGUGAAUCUUCCAGGAGGGAAUCUUAUUCGUUCUCUUUCUAAGAAGAUAAUUGACGAGAGUAAAUCUUCCAAAUCAUCUAAAGAUGUGGCUCCAGCUUCUGUUCUUUCUUCUCAAACCCCUCCUAGUCUACCUUUGGAGGGAAACUGAACUGUUCAUAUCGAUGCUUUAGUUUAUCAACAGAAAUUGAAAUAAAUCUUUAAAUAAAUA